AUGACUGACAAUGAGCGCAAUUUGUCAACAACUGAAAUUCGUUCAUAUAUGGAUAAAAUUCGUGGUAUUAAUCAAUCGGUAUCAACUGGUGAUAAUAUAACGGUACCUGAUACCAAUAUAAAUGCUACCGGAAGUACCACAAAACGACGACAAUAUCAACGAAAACGAAAAGAAGGAACAAUUGAAGAUCCAAAAGUGCCAACACCGCCAAUAAUGCAUACAGUAGUUAAAUCAGAAUACGACGAGAAAGAAAUGGAAGAGAGGAGGAUGAUGAUGGAUUCAGAUGGAAGAUGGAUGGGAUUGGAUUCAGAUGAAAGAUAG